AUGUCUACGGCCGAAGAACUUUUGCGCGAUUUCGAAGAAGACGAGGACUUCGAGGCUGGUGAUGCGGGAGAGGGAAUCGAACAAAAGCCCGAGGAAGAGGAAGCUCCAAAGGAAGGCCUAGAGCCAUCCAACGAAUUCGAUCUAUCUAUUUCCACUGCGGAUGAACUGACUCGGUUACAUAAAUCCUUGCGCGAUCAUUAUUCCAUCCGAUUCCCCGAACUAGAGACGCUGGUCACAAGUCCGAUCAACUACGCCAAGACAGUUGCCAUUCUCCAAAAUGGCCCGCUCAACGACAUCAAAGCUCUGUCGUCGUCACCUAACAACAUGGUCGGCGCACCACUAAAGUCAGUCCUAGAUGGCCCUUCCUUGAUGGUGGUGGCGGUUGAAGGAACAACGACGCGAGGCCGUGAGAUGACCGAGGCCGAGCUCAAGGCGGUUCUCGACACAUGUCAAAGAAUCUUGACGCUGGAUCGCGAACGCACGACUCUUACGGAAAGUAUUCAGUCUCGCAUGAACCAAAUCGCUCCGAACCUGGCGGCACUCGUCGGCCCGCAAACAGCGGCCCAGUUCCUCAAUCAGUCGGGCGGGUUGCGCGAGCUAGCCAAGAUUCCGGCCUGCAACUUGGGGGCACAGGGGUCGAGAAGACAGGAAGGGUUGGGGCUUGCGACCAAUAUCGGCAUCCGGUCACAAGGGUUUCUGUACGACUCACCAAUGAUUCAGGAGGUCCCCAACGAUCUGAAAAAGCAAGCUAUCCGCAUCGUUUCGGCAAAAAUGGUACUCGCGACUCGUGCGGAUGUCGCCAAUUACAGCAAGGAUGGCAGCCUCGGCGAGGAUCUGAAGCAACAGUGCUUCCAGCGGCUGGAGAAACUCACCGAGCCCCCACCAAAUUCGGGCGCCAAGGCCCUUCCCGCACCGGACGACAAACCUUCUCGAAAGCGAGGUGGAUGGCGUGCACGUAAGGCCAAGGAGGCGGUCGCCAUGACCGAACUCCGCAAAGCACAAAACCGGGUUGCUUUUGGUAAGGAGGAAUCGGAGGUGGGAUAUGGCACAGGCCAAGGAACCGUGGGUCUGGGUAUGCUGGGUCAGCAAAACGAUGGCCGCAUUCGAGCAACCCAGAUCGAUCAGCGGACCCGUGCCAGACUCAGCAAAAACAACAAGGGCUGGGGCGCAGCCACUCCUGUCAGUGGCACGGCCUCUUCCCUCCGUGGUUUCGGCCAAGGCGCAGGUGGCACCACUAGCGUACUUCAAGCUAAGGGUCUCCGGACCUCAGGCGUUGGUCCAUCUUUGUCGGGGACUGCCGGCACUGCCAGUACCAUUGCAUUUACGCCUGUACAGGGCCUGGAGCUAGUCGACCCGAAGGUGCAAGCCGAACUGACUCGCAAGCGCAAGGCCGAGGAAGACCGGUGGUUUAAUUCCGGUACUUUCACCCAAGUUGGUGGUCAAACCAGCACCACUUCACAGGGGGAGCAGAACGGCGGCUUCAAAGUCCCUGCUCUCCCGUCCAACAAGAAGGUCGACACAGGCGAGGGCAAGAUGGGACCACCUCCCAAGCGAUAG